AGAGACGAGAAGAUGGCGGCUCUUCGGGUGGUUGUGUUCUCUGGGAGUGGGAGAACCCUCCUCAGUACAUCAAAAUCAAUCCAGACGCCACGGGCCAACAUGUCGUUCGCUAGCUUGCCGAAGGGCAAGAAGGUUGCCCUGACCACCCUGGGGGUUAUCACCACAGGAGGGGCAGCCCUGGCUCUUGCCCUCCAACAGUCUGUCAAAGCCUCUGACCUGGAGCUUCACCCCCCUUCCUACCCCUGGAGUCACAAUGGGUUACUGUCAUCCCUGGACCAUGCCAGCAUUCGUCGUGGAUAUCAAGUGUACAAGCAGGUGUGCUCAGCAUGUCACAGCAUGGAGUACCUGGCCUUCCGUAACCUGGUGGGCGUGUCCCACACGGAGGCUGAGGUCAAGGCCAUUGCAGAGGAGAUCGAGGUGGUGGAUGGACCAGAUGAAACCGGAGAGAUGUUCACCCGUCCUGGAAAACUCUCAGACUAUUUCCCCAAACCCUACCCCAACCCUGAGGCAGCGCGUGUGGCCAACAACGGAGCUCUGCCCCCUGACCUCAGCUACAUCGUCAACGCCCGACAUGGCGGUGAGGACUACGUGUUCUCUUUGCUGACUGGAUACUGCGACCCCCCGGCUGGAGUGACAGUGAGGGAGGGGCUUUACUACAACCCAUACUUCCCUGGCCAGGCCAUUGGCAUGGCCCCGCCCAUCUACAAUGAGGUGCUAGAGUAUGAGGACGGAACCCCCGCCACUAUGAGUCAGGUGGCUAAAGAUGUGUGCACCUUCCUGAGGUGGGCGGCCGAGCCUGAACAUGACCAGCGUAAACGUAUGGGUCUGAAGCUGCUGCUGGGCUCUGCUAUCCUGAUUCCUCUGGUGUACUACAUGAAGAGACACAGGUGGUCUGUGUUGAAGAGUAGGAAGAUUGCAUACCGACCUCCCAAAUAAGGCCCUGUGCCUGCCUCACCACUGGCCUGAAUGCAGCUCGCUGUUCUCUAAAGAUACUUCAAAUACACAUGCAUUAAGUUAAGGUUGCCCUAAUCAGUAACUCCUGAGUGUCCUCUCAGUUAAAGUGUCUUUCUUUUAUAACGGAGAACAGACACCAACAGAACCAACAUUUUGUUAUACCGUUAUAAAAAACAAUAUUUGAGAGAAACAUUUUAAACUGAUCUGGUCAAUGAUCUGUUCUUUAAAGGGGUGUUUAGAAAGGUGGUAAAACCAUAACCUCAUGCAGCCUUCUUGUGCUUGUGUUGUCUGUCUUUCAGUAGAUCUUCUACACUUUGUGUAAAUAUUUAACAAACCUAAUAAAAAAACCCUCUUUA